AUGGCACCCCAAACCGUGGCCAGCCUUGCUGAACAGUUUCAUGCGUUUCGAGACAAAGUUUCUGAUGAUAUCGCUGGCAUGGAAACCCAACUCUCCAAACUCAGCGUUGACUUCAAAGACGAGUUGGUACAGGCUCACACACAUCGUGCUGACCUCAAAGACAAAUUGGUACAAGCUCACACACAUCGUGCGCAGACGGACCUUGCCAUCACCAAACUCCAAGACUCCGUUCAGUUGCUUAUCAAUCACUUUCGGGCUGGACAUGCUGAACCUUCUACCUCCGUGGUGCUCUCGAGUUCAUCUACGCCACCACCGACAAGUGGCCUUUUGCCCAAUCCACCAGUGGAUCAAAAACUCAAGGCCGUGCCAUACGGCAUGCCGCAUAGCUCCACUGGGCCCUCGCUUGAUGAGCCCAAGACUCAAUUGGAGGCCCCCUUUUCUUUUGGGUCCCUUCCACCGCUCCAUUAUACCCAACACACAACGGGCCCUUCUACAGUUCCACUUGAUCAAGGCACUCAUCCCCCUCGUCGUUUUGACAACGAUGUCAUCCGCCACAUCAAGCCGACCGCUCCUACUUUUGAUGGUCGUGGAGAUCCUACGAUGUUUCUUGAUUGGGUUCAAGCCAUGGAAGAUUAUUUCGCCUGGUACAACUUGACGGAUGCUCAUAAACUUCGCAUUGGUAAGAUGACACUACAGGGAGCCGCUAGACAAUAUUGGAAUUCGGUGGAGGAGCAACUAUAUCAAUUUGGACAGCCGCCUGUGACUCUAUGGGACGAGAUGAAAUUAAAGCUUCGCGAACAAUAUCUUCCCACCUUUUAUCGCCAUCAAUUGUAUGAUCAAUUAUGGACCCUUUCACAAGGAAGUUUGACUGUUACUGAAUUCCACGCUCGUUUUAUUGAACACAAGAUACGUGCAGGGAUUCGUGAAGAACCCGACAUCACUAUGUCUCGCUUUAUCCAUGGUCUUCGUGACGAUAUCAAGCGUGAAGUCCGUCGAUUCCGUCCGCAUAUUUUGGAAGAUGCAUAUUGCCAUGCACUGGAAGCUGAAACUUUUUUGGGCCCACAACGUAGAUAUACCGGGUAUUCCGGGCUCUCUUCCACUCCUACUCCAAAUAGUAGUACUCCUAGCUCCACAUAUGGCGUUGCCGGUCCACCUGCUCCUACGAUACCCACAACAGAAAAAAGACCAGCCCCAUCCACGGCUGCUCACAUCGAAUGCUAUCGUUGCCAUGCUAAGGGCCACAUUGCCUCCCGUUGUCCGCACCGAACUUUAACCAUUGGCUCCCUCAAUGAGGACUCUUGUGUGGACGUGUAUGUGGAGCCCCUUGAACCUAUUUAUGAUCCAGAACUUGAUAAUUGCUGUGAGGAGGCGUUUCACCAAGUGAGUGUCAUGCGUUGUAUUUAUUCAGCAUCUACGCCUCCACCUCCUAAUUCAUGGAAACGCACAAGUAUUUUUCAAACCUAUGUCCCUUGCGGUACUAAUAGAUGCCAACUAGUUAUUGAUGGGGGAAGUACACUAAAUGUUAUCUCUAAAGCUGCUGUCGACCGCCUUCACCUUCAGGCCGAGCCACAUCCCCAUCCUUUUCAUGUUGGCUGGGUAGAUAACACCAUGUUACCUGUUACUGAAAGAUGUCUUGUUCCUCUUCAAUUGGGUCCCUGUCAUGAGCGACUUUAUUGUGAUAUUCUACCCAUGAGUGUCGCACAUGUGCUACUAGGCCGACCAUGGCUUUACGACCGCUGUGUGAAAAGUUGUGGCAGAGAGAACACAUAUACUUUUCAACAUGAGGGAAAGAACAUAACGCUAACGCCUUCCAAUCCGGCCAUCAAACCAACUAAGGAUGUUCAACCGACUCUAUUAUUUAAAGAGAAGGCUUCGGAGCAUCGAUUGAGUAGUUUAUCAUCUGUAAACUUUGCACACGAACUGCAAGACACUGGUGUGUCCUUUGCUCUAUUGCUUAGACCGAAAUCUAACAGCAACCCCACACCACUUGCCGAACCCAUACAUCAGUUCCUCCCUAAAUUCUCUAAUAUCAUACCUGAUGACUUACCAGAUGCACUACCUACCGUAAAUAAUAUUACCAGUUUCAUUCCUCCUCCAGUGCCGCGUAGUCCUUCUCCUAGUUCUACCCCUACAGAUCAGAUUGAGGACGUCUCAGAUCAUGAAGUUGUGGCCUCGUCUCCUAGAGAUUCUACCUGUUUUCUGGUUCAUUGGGUUGGAAGGCCUGCUACUGAGGAUACAUGGAUUACAAAAGCUGAAUUUCGCCAGUUGGAUUCCACUCUUCUGCACAGUUAUCAGAUGCUCUUCAUGACAUUGAUUUGGCUGCCUCCCGUCCUCCCAUCAUCCAUACUUACAAACAUCGUCGUCAUCCUUCAUCUUGGUAUACUCGCCGGUGUCGAGUUCUUUUUGGUGGGGGAGAAUGAUGCAGAAUGCAUAUUAUUAGUUUUCCUAAUUCUACUUGGAUUAGUUUUCCUAUUUUUAGUUUUCCUAAUUCUUAAGAUUCCUUCUUGUUAA